AUAUAGUCUACAGUAUCCUGGCAUCUAUCUGCUUUGCUUGUUUCUUCCAUUUCCUCUUGCAAUGUGCGUUUUUCUGCUUACCUUUUACAUUUUCGCUCAGUGCCCCACCGACUGAGGUGUUGGAUUCUGCAGUCUGCUUGCAGAGAGAGAGCAUUUUAAAGAAACACCCCACCACCUUCUCCCGGUACUUUUUUCUACUCCUCCUUGGCGUUUAUAUCGGGGAAGUUGGAUUAUAUUCGUGAAACAAAGUAGUUUUCGUAUGUUUGUAUGAGUGUGGUCCAAUUAUAAUUAGGGUGGUUUAUAGGUUAGUCCAGUAGUUGUAGGAAUGAAUGGAUGACCAACGUUUGGAGGAGGGCGACAAUAUCCAUUAACUCUUCUUGGUGGGUGCAAAGAGAGAGAGAGAGGGAGAGAGAGSGAGAGAGACCAGCCAGUCGCUAGAGAAGAAUGGAGAAUGCUCCACGAACACUAUCUAUCGCUUGAGGGAAUCGAGGAAGAAAGGAUGAGAUAAACACAAUUCUUCUUCACGUUGCGACUUUUGCUGUCGAACUUGAUAGCCGGGGUUUUACGCAUCUCAGUGAAAACAAUUCGAAGUAUGCGUUUAGGAGGAUGGAUACCCACGCGUCAUUAGGAUUUUUGUUUCCAGAUAAAGGGAUUGAAGAAAAAUAACCAAAGCUGCUUUUUCUCCCUAUAUCUGUUUCAUCGUUAGAUUGUAAAGGUGGAGCGAUCAGAGAAGGCCGAUGACGGACCUAUUAAUCUGGUCAGUGCAUCAGAACCACCAAAAGGUUCUGGAAACGUGUGGAUGGAAAUCGGGCGAAUGUUUAGACUUGCUUUUGGUUUUAUAUGAAACUGGUGACUAGUAGUUGCGAUUUUUCUCUCUGGAAUUUUCAUCUUCUCAUUCAAGAAAUUAUAGUCUAACUGAGGUGAAGAUAUUUGUCGGCUUAUCAAUUGUAUUUUAAUUUAAUUUUUGGUAUUUCGGUACGCUGUCCAUUUCGCAAUUCCCUUAAAUCUCAAUCGUUUCCUCUUGAAGUAUUCCUUAAUCUAAAUGGAAUUAGUUGAGCGUGAAGCCCCUUGUGAAAGGUACAGACAUGGUACAUGGGCACAGSCUCCUUCACGUUGUUGCAAGUCUACUCAUACUUGGGUUGUCUGGGGCAACGAAGAAGGAAGCAGUGAAAAACAAUUCAGGAGUGAAGCCUGCAGGACAAUGUGGCACCUGGGUGAAAGAAGGAGACGGGGGAUUGUUCACUUCUCCCAACUACCCCAGCAAAUACCCCCCAGAAGUAGAGUGUGUUUACAUUAUUGAAGCUCCUCCGAGGCUGUGUAUCGAUCUUUUCUUUGAUGAGAGGUAUUCUAUAGAGCCUUCAUGGGAAUGUAAAUUUGACAACAUCGAGGUGCGAGACGGCCCCUUUGGCUUCUCCCCAAUAAUCGGGCGCUACUGUGGCCAGACCAUCCCUCCCUUCAUCAGGAGCAGUGGACGGUACCUCUGGAUAAAAUUUGUUUCUGAUGCCGAACUGGAGGCAAUUGGAUUUUCAGCCAACUACAACUUCACUGCAGAUCCGGACUUUGGAGACUUGGGAGUGCCCCAGCCUCUGCCCUUCUGUGAGUUUGACAUGGGAGGACCAGAGGGGAUAGUGGAGUCUCAUCAGAUCACCAGAGAUGGAAAGGCGUUAGCUACAGAGGCUGUGGACUGCAAAUGGUUCAUCCGCGCUCCGCCACGCUCCAAGAUCUACCUGCGUUUCCUGGACUAUGAGAUGCAGAACAGUAAUGAGUGUAAGCGUAACUUUGUGGCGGUGUACGAYGGCAGUGCGUCCGUAGAGGACCUGAAGAACAAGUUCUGCUCUACGGUGGCCAACGACGUGAUGCUGGUGUCCACCACGGGGGUGAUCAGGAUGUGGGCCGACCAGGGCAGCCGCCGGAGCCGCUUCAGGAUWCUCUUCACCACCUUCCAAGAACCUCCAUGCGAGGCGGAUGCCUUCUUCUGUCACAGUAACAUGUGCAUCAACAACACCCUGGUGUGUAACGGCAUUCAGAACUGUGUCUACCCCUGGGAUGAGAAUCACUGUAAAGAGAAGAGGAAAGCCAAUAUCCUGGACAACCUGAACAACACAAACGGCACCAUUAUCGGCGUCACCUGUUGUAUCGUCCUCAUCCUCCUCAUUGUGUCCGUCAUCGUUCAGAUCAAACAGCCCAGGAAGAAGUACAUCCUCCGGCGUGAGGACUUCGACCCCACCAUGUUCCAGGAGGUCUUCGAGCCGCCGCACUACGAGCUCUGCACGCUACGGAGCGCCACGCACGCCACUGCAGCCUCCGCGGACCUAGUCGACCUGGCGGAGGACUUCGAGAACUACCACGCRCUCCGCCGCUCAUCCUCACGCUGCGUCCAUGACCACCACUGUGGCUUCGCCUCCAACCCGGGCUCCGCCCACCUGUCCCAGCUGUCACUCAGUGGGCGGGGUAGCCGCGGCAACCUGAGCACGCGCGAGACCCUCCUCACGGACCUUCCACCACAGCCGGUACGGCCGCUGCUGCCCAGCGUUGCCACAGGGAACCGGCGCAGCAUACUGGUGAUGAAGCACAGCUACUCACAGGAAGCGGCCGACAACGGGUGCGACCUCGAUGACGACCUGGAAGAGGUUCCCACGACGAGCCACCGACUGUCGCGUCACGAGAAGGCAGUCCAGCGGUUCUGCCUCAUUGGCUCUUUGAGCAAACACGAAUCAGAAUACAACACGACUAGGGUGUAAGGCAAUCUCAAGACUUCUUGAGAAUAGUACAAUCCUGGAUCAGUACGAACGGGCUUCAAUGAAAUAUGAAAAUACGGAGCGGAGAUUCACAUCAGCAUAAUGGCGAUGGUGAUGGUGAUGAAGGACUUAUGGAAAUAGAGAAUAUGAAAUAUGUAACAAACUGGAUGAAAGUAGCUAGAGUGAUAAAAACAACAGACUGGCUUAAAAUAAUUGAAACUUGAAAUUAAGUAGGCUUCUAUUCAGACCCACUAUUGUCACUUCAGAUUUUGUAAUCUUAUUGACUGGACAUUAACAAGGUACAUUAUUAUCAAACAAAACAUUUUGGAUGAAUAUCUACAUUGUGAGAUGCAAGUUUGUUGCUCAAAUUCAUCAAAGGACUAUUGUGAUUAGAAAACCUUCCUCAGUUCAAUGUUUAGAGCAUGUGUUUUUGUAGGAUUUUUGCAGCAUAUUAUAAAUGAUAUUUUGGGGUAUCAAUGCUUGCAAUUUUUCAGUUUGAGGAAAGAUGUAACAUUUAUCAGUAAUAAUUAGGCAAUAAGGCCUACUCAGUAACUAACCUCAGUGUAAUUACCCCUCUCUGAAUAAGRAAAAAAAAACUUUCUAUGAUAAUUGAAAAUGCUAUGGUAUGACUUGUGCAUGCUUUUUAUAUCCAUUAAAACAUGAACAAACUAACAUCUAGAUUGAAAGUCAAGUCAUCCACUAAUACAGUACAUGUAUCUCAUUAUAAAUAAGUUCACUAUAWCAUAAACAAAGGAAAUMUUUCCAUAAAAGWWUUAUGAGUGGUAUUAAUUGAUUGCAUGCUAAUUCAACUAAAUUGAAAGUCAAAUGUCAAUACAAAACUAAUCUUUAACWUUUUCAUUUUCAAAUGUUGAUUCCUCUCACAAAUUAAAAAAAAUUCUAAGUGUAGUUGUUUAUUAUUUGACAUAAACAAUGUAAAUUCAGUUGAUUUGUCACACCCUCUCUUUUAGUAGCCUGUAAUCUUUGUACUCAGACUUUUCUACUGGGGGGUAUUUGAAAAGAGGAGACUUUUUAAAGACAUAAAUAAUACUGUUCAGGACUGAUUUUAUGAAUGCUUUGUAAGAAAAUAAACAAUAAAGCUUAAUAAUUUUUA